AUGUUUUCCUUUGCACACCUAGUACUAUUGCACCUGGACCAUUGCCCUAGGCUCAUACAUGUGCUUCCCUUGUCUGACUCUCUGGACACUUUGCCUCAUAUGGAUACCCUGGAGAUUGUGUGUUGUGGUGAUCUAAGGGAGGUCUUCACUCUGGACCCUAAGCAAAAGCGCCAGAGAAUUAUAGGAUGCCCCAAGCUAAGGCGCAUUCACCUGUACGAGCUCCCCAGCCUGCAGCACAUCUGUGGGAGCAGGAUGUCCGCGCCCAACUUGGAGACCAUCAAGAUCAGGGAUUGCUGGAGCCUCAGGAGCCUACCAGCCGUUAGCAGAAACAACGAGAAGCUGCCUAGUGUGGACUGCGAGAAGGAAUGGUGGGAUAACCUGGAGUGGGACGGGGUGGAGGCGAACCACCACCCUUCACUCUAUGAGCAUAGCCAUUCGUCAUACUACAAGGCCCAACAGCAAAGAGGCACAGUACUAAGAUGA